AAGGGGGGUUCCAACCCUGGGAUUGGUCGACAUCUGCCUUCAAGGGGGGUUCCAACCCUGGGAUUGGUCGACAGCCACCCUCCAGGGUGGUUCCAGCCCUGGGGCCCCCGGCCUCAUGCGCUGAUGAUUCCCAGUCAGGCUUCACAGCCCUCAGACACACCAUGACCACAGGGGGGACCCCGGCCCAGAUCCGGCUCAGCCUGGAGGACAUCGAGGAGCAGGAGGAGAGCCCUCUGUGGGUCCCUCCCUCACGGAUACCCCUGGAGAGACCGCCAGAGAAAGCGUCUACGGACCAGGUGGAGGUGGAGGUGGAGGUGGAGGAGGAGGAGGAAUCUGUUUCAAUCACCCAGAGUGACACAAGGCCUCUGGUCCAAAGCCGGGACCCAAAAGGAGUCAACAAGUGUCUGAAGGUGAGGUUUGAAGACGUGAUCGCGGAACCGCCGUCAGUACGGAGUUUCGAUAAGGUGUGGCUUGGGAGUCAUGCCCUGUUUGAGGUGUCCCGGUUGUGGUUUUACCGCCUCAUCUCCCUGGUGCUGGCGGGGCCGGUCUCUCUGGUGGCGGGCAUCCUCUUCGCCCUCCUCAGUUUCAUUCACAUCUGGCUGAUCCUGCCCUGUGUUCAGGUGUUCCUCAUCCACAUGCACUGGGUUCAGACCGUGUGGGCCAGCCUGCUCAACAUUGCCAUCGGCCCUCUCUUCAACAGCAUGGGCAAGUGCUGCGCUAGCAUCAACAUCCGUGUGGCAAAGGACUGAAGGAGCCAGCCAGCACACCAGAGGAGCCAGCCUGCCAGAUGGUCAUCUAGUCA